AUGCCACCCAAAGUCGGAUCUAAAGGAGCUAAGAAAGCCGCCACCAAGGCCAAGGCCCAGAGAACUGGGGACAAGAAAAAGCGCAGGAGGAGGAGGGAAUCCUACGCUAUCUACAUCUACAAAGUCCUGAAGCAGGUGCACCCUGACACUGGAGUUUCCAGCAAGGCCAUGAGCAUCAUGAAUUCUUUCGUCAAUGACAUCUUCGAGAGAAUCGCCGCCGAGGCUUCCCGCCUGGCCCACUACAACAAACGCUCAACCAUCACCAGCAGAGAAAUCCAGACUGCAGUCCGUCUUCUCCUGCCCGGUGAAUUGGCCAAGCACGCUGUCUCUGAAGGCACCAAGGCUGUCACCAAGUACACCAGCAGCAAGUAA